CUAAGCGCGAGGAGCGUGCGCGCUCACGUUGCGGUGACGGUGGUGGCAAGCGGCGUCAGAGCUUUACGGGGGGGCUGACGGUUUCUGGCGGGUGGCGGUGUUGGAGGCGAGAGCUUGCUUAGUCGGUAUCGCUUCUGUCUCAGGAACCCGACGGAGUGAGGGAACGCGGGUCGCUUCCGAGGGCUCCUGCCUUCCACGUACGCGUCGUCGUGAGGAGCACAGCCCGAGCUCUCUGCAGCCCCUCCUGCUCUCUUUCCGCACGCCUUGAGGCGGCGAUUGCAACCGAGACAGCGUCUCACCUCCCCCUACCCCUUCCCCUGGUCCCCCCCGCCCGAAAGGGCCCAGUCGGCGCCCCACCCCCGCCUGUCUACCCGCUACGCCGCCGCCGCCAUGUCGGCGCAGGCCCAGAUGCGCGCGAUGCUGGACCAGUUGAUGGGCACCUCCCGGGACGGAGAUACUACUCGUCAACGAAUCAAAUUCAGUGAUGACAGAGUAUGCAAGAGUCACCUUCUGAACUGUUGCCCCCAUGAUGUCCUCUCUGGAACUAGAAUGGAUCUUGGAGAAUGUCUGAAAGUCCAUGACCUGGCUUUAAGGGCAGAUUAUGAAAUUGCAUCCAAAGAACAAGAUUUUUUCUUUGAACUUGAUGUAUGUGAUUUUAUAUCCACUAGUCAGGCAAGAGAGGUAAUGGAUGACAUUGUAGGAAGUGGGAAUAGUAUGUGCAAAGUCAAAGAGGCAGAGGACAAAAGGGCAGAACGUGUUCAUGAGUUAAAUGAAGAAAUUGGUAAAUUAUUGGCUAAGGUGGAACAACUAGGAGCUGAAGGGAAUGUGGAAGAAUCCCAGAAAGUAAUGGAUGAAGUAGAGAAAGCGCGAGCAAAGAAAAGAGAAGCCGAGGAAGUUUAUCGGAAUUCUAUGCCAGCUUCCAGUUUCCAGCAGCAGAAACUUCGAGUUUGUGAAGUCUGCUCCGCCUAUUUAGGUCUUCAUGAUAAUGAUAGACGACUGGCUGAUCAUUUUGGGGGUAAACUGCACCUGGGAUUUAUUGAAAUAAGAGAGAAGCUUGAAGAAUUAAAGAGAGUUGUAGCUGAGAAGCAGGAGAAAAGAAACCAGGAACGUCUGAAACGAAGAGAGGAAAGGGAGAGAGAAGAAAGGGAGAAGCUGAGGAGGUCUCGGUCACAUAGCAAGAAUCCCAAAAGAUCCAGGUCUAGAGAGCAUCGCAGACAUCGGUCUCGCUCCAUGUCACGGGAACGGAAGAGGAGAACUCGAUCCAAAUCUCGGGAGAAACGCCAUCGCCACAGAUCCCGCUCUAGCAGCCGAAGCCGAAGCCGCAGCCACCAGAGAAGUGGGCACAGUUCUAGAGACAGGAGCAGAGAGCGAUCCAGGAGGAGAUCCUCAAAAGAAAGAUUCAGAGACCAAGACUUAGCACCACGUGACAGAGACAGGAAUUCAAGAGACAGAUCACCUCGUGACAGAGAUCGAAAAGAUAAGAAGCGGUCCUAUGAGAGCGCUAAUGGCAGAUCAGAAGACAGGAGGAGCUCUGAAGAGCGCGAAGCAGGGGAGAUAUAAUUAGCUGUGUACAUAUCCUCAACCCUUAAGCUUCCUAUGGAGUUACAUACUAUUGUUUAGUUUGCAGCUGUUCGGGGUGACACAGUGAGCAGUUCCAGACACCGAUCCAGCUAGGCUAGAUGUACAGUAUCUAACUUGAUCUGAACUUGUUUUCCUUGAUGAAGCCUAAAACUACAUCCAUAGUUUCUGGUGACCCUGUAAUACAAUUCUGAAAGUACAAUUUUAUAUAAUAAGACACCAGUGUCUUUAUUCUUUGUAGUAGGAGUGGUAGUGAAUGAAUUGUGUUACUUGCCUUGGGAUUUUUUGACAUUUGUAAAAUGCUGUCUUCCUUUCUUGUCUUGGAAUUUUUCUUUUUAAUUAUUCUUUCUUUGACUUUUGUAUCCCCUAAUACCUCCACGCUCUCAUUAUAAAAAAACGGGGGCAGGGAAGCAAUAUAACUUCUGUUCCGAGGUUCUGUUCCCAUUAUUAAUUACUAGCUGAUGACAGUUCAGAGCAUUUAUACUGGAAUGUGUGCAGGAGAAAUUUAAAAUACUGGGACUUUUGUUUUAUUUUAACAGUGCCUAUUUAGAGUUGGAAGUUGAACAGCUGUUGCAUUACAUACUUUGCUUUUUUAUUGAAAUUUUGAAAUCAAACAUGUCUUGAUUUUUUCUGUUCUAUUGAAUUGCUAUGUUCAGGAUGUUUUGGAAAGGUGGGUGGGGGCAGGGACUAUUUCAUAAGCACUUCUUUUAUUUUGUGUGUGUGGAGUAUAAAGACUACACCCUUACUGUAAAAAAUAAUAACAAUAAAGUGAAAGAAACAAUCACUACCGCCAUAAUUCAACUGUAACUUGUAAAUUGUCACUAGAACUAUUAGCUGUGGGCAUUUUCUUCUAUCGUUAAUAGUGCCUAUUGUGCAAGGCACCAAAUGAAAUAUAUACUGCAAAGAUUCAAGACGAACUGUUGUUCCUCCUGGGCCCCUUGCCGACUGUAUUCCAGCUCCUUCAGGGAUGUCUGGAACAACUGCUAUAGAGAAGGACCGGACCUACAGAAGAAAUUGGGGUUUUUGUUUGUUUUGCUUUUUCAUUCAGCAAACUGAAAUAAAAACAUGGUGUAACCAACGUAA